GACUUCUCUCAACGCGAAUAACAAUACGCUAAAGCACUGAAGCAUUCCAUUAGUCUACUCUUGCCCAGCCACCCCCACACCGAUGAUCCAGCUGUCUAGGCUUGCACUCUUCUUCGACUCCUUCCAACUUCCACCUUCCACCUUCGAGUCUCGUACUGAUUAUUCGCCGAUCUCCUCCAUUACUCCCGCGCAUCGCUCGUCUAUGAUCAUGAUACUUGCCAAUGCGAAACGUCACAAAUCUUCCUUCUCUCAAACUCGCACCUUAUAUAUACGCUCUGUACAUCCUGCUUCUCCACUUCUCUCCUUCGCUUUUGCUUUACCCAAGUCCGCUUGGCUGUUUCUCGUCAUCCAUAUCGCCAUUCUUGGCCACUUCCACCCUUCCACUUCCUUUCCCACCUCCUCCUACCUAUAACCUAUCGCGAUCCUCCCACAUCCACUUCCCUCCUCAACCUUCUCUCAAGGCUUCUUAAAACCCAUGAUCCAUGGUAUUUCAAACUUUCACAAGCCCGCUACGAGUUCUUUCGCUCCCGAGCCCGUACAAAUGCACCUUCUUCCCCUAAUGACACCUUCCAUCGUCGAUGUCAUAUCAUAAUCCAAACAUACAAAUAUACAUAUAUAUGCAAA